UCCGGUGAUGGGCAGGACCGGGGCGGUGUCCGGACCGGGGCUCCUCCCCUCGCCACCCCCCUCCACCCCCCCUCCCCCCCCGGCAGCCGCAUUCGCCGCCGCAGCGCAGGGAGGGAGCUGGAUGGUGUGAAGAGAGGAGCUGGGGGGCGGUGCGAGCAGCUCCCAGCGCUGCCGGUGAGACAGCAUCAUGCUGGCUCCAAAGAAAGGCCUCCUGUGCAACCUCAACCACAUCCACCUGCAGCACAUCUCGCUGGGGCUGCACCUGUCCCGGCACCCGGAGCUGCAGGAGACCGCGGCUUCCCCGGCCGGAGACCAGAGCGGCCGCGGCGACUGCCCCGAGAACCGCGAGCAGGUGGACGCCAAUUCCAACAACCCCUCCUUCAAGUGCCGCUGUUGCGAGUCCCACGCUCAGCAGCCGGAGACGCUGGGUCUCCUGAACCAGGCAGCUCAGGAGGGUUUUCCCUGCCUGCACGCUGGGGAGGAGGCGGCUUCCCCUUGCGAUCUUGCUUCCUCCACCUCCUCCUCCUCCUCCGUCAGCAGCUGCUCGGAUUUCAGCUUGGAUGACUCCCCGGUCUCCGUGUACUGCAAGGGGUUCUCCGGAGAAGGCUCCCAAUCGCCUGAAAAUCAACCCACCGCCAUUCCCAUAGAAGAUGCCGGGGAUGGCCGGUCGCCGGCUGAGCCGAGCAGGACGUGCGAUGGAAGAGACGCCAACUUCAACCCCCCGGCGCCGCAGAGCAGGGACGCGCUGGCUGGGGAGAGCCCGGACAGCCUCUGCAGCAGCCCCUCGCCCGCCUCCCAGCGCCACAAGACCUCACCCGGCCUGGAGACCACCCGCGGCGUCCCCGGCGACCUGGACCCCAACUGCAACCCUCUCCCCGAGCCCGACGCUGCUCCCGCGGCUCCGCCAGCGCCGGCCCGGUGGGACCCGGUGCUGGGCAGCGCUCCGGAGCCCCUGCCCCGCGCCGCCAGCGUCCCACCGCCCGUGCCCCCCCGGCCCCGCCGGCGGCUGCAGGUGCUGGGUGCGCAGCGAGCGGAGCAGCCGCUGGUGGAGCCGGAGCCCGGCGCGGGGGAGCUCUGCAGGGACGCGGGCAAGAAGAACAUCACCUCCUUCCACGAGCUCGCCCAGAAGAGGAAGAGGAACGCCGGCGGGGCCGCGCUCGCCCAGGCCAGGGCUGACCGCAGCGACUGGUUGAUCGUGUUCUCCCCCGACACGGAGCUGCCGCCCCCCAGCGAGCUCCUGGCCAGCGAGCCGGCCCGGCCACAGCCCCAGCACGACGGGCCGGCGAAACCGCCCGGCUCCCGGCAGAGAGAGGUGACCACGUUCAAGGAGCUGCGGUACCGCAGCGCUGCCAACAAGCCCAAGGGGCAGCCGGGCGGCGGGCGGGCAGAGCCGGCGGCGUCUCAGCGCCCACCCGCGUCCCUCGGGAUCACCGUGGGCGGCGACAGCGCGGGCUGGGGGCCACCCGCGCCGCUGGCACCCGUGGAAAGCCACCAGGCCAAGAGGAGGAGAUCUCGCCCGGGACUGCAGCCCAUUGCGGAGGGACAGCCGGGGGACACAGAGGAAGGGAUUCUGCCACCGCCACCGAGCCGUGUCCCGGGGGAGAAGGCGCUGAGCGCCGGCGGCGAUGGAGAUGUCCCGGUUUGGGGGCUUGCGGAGCCCAGGGGGGACCCUUGGGUGCCAGGAACGGUCGAGAGAGGAGAUGACGCUUGCAAGGAGGCCAGGCCCGAGCCGCCCGGAGCCGCCCCGGGCACAGCCCGGCCUGGCGGGGGGAGCGCGGAGGGAGCCCGGGGAGAGCAGAAGAAAGCCCUGCUGGUGGCCGUCAGCACCGCCGUGGACAAGGUCAUCGCCCAUUUCAGCGCCGCGCGGAACCUGGUGCAGAAGGCGCAGCUGGGGGACAGCCGGCUCAGCCCCGACGUGGGUCACCUGCUGCUGCGCACGCUGUGCCCCGCGCUCUACGCCGUGGUGGAGGACGGGCUGAAGCCGUUCCAGAAGGACGUCAUCACGGGCCAGAGGAGGAAUUCCCCUUGGAGCGUGGUGGAAGCCUCGGUGAAGACAGGUCGGGGCUCCACCACGCGCUCCCUCCACGCUCUGUGCUGGCACGUGGCCGGGCUGGCCCCUCUCGGCAGCACCAGGCAGAAGUUUCACGCCUUUAUCCUCGGCCUUUUGAACACGAAGCAGCUGGAGCUGUGGAUCUCCCACCUGCAGAAGAGCCCAGGAGUGAUCUCCACGCUGUAUUCACCUCUGGCCUUCUUCGCCCUGAGCCAAGGGCCUCUCCCGCACCUCGCCGACGAGCUGCUGCUGCUCAUCCAGCCCCUCUCCGUGCUCACUUUCCACCUCGACCUCCUCUUCGAGCACCACCACCUCUCCGUGGACGUCAGACCCUUGUCCCGUCGCCUGGAGUCCCCCUCCUCUCCUCCCCAUCACGCCGUGCAGCCUCCUCCGGAGCUCCAAAGCGGUGAAAGCGGGGACAGCCUGGAAGAUGAGAUCCCCCCCGAUGCUGCGGGGAGGGUGGCCGGUGCAGAGGGUGGCACAAGGCUUCGGUGGCAAGCGGCUGAGCACGGGCUGGUCCCCGGCCCGCAGGUGGCGGCUGCGCUGCAGCUGAGCUUCCAGCACGUGCUGCGCUGGGGCGAUCAGCUCAGCCGCGCUUUCCGGGGAGGGGACAGCUCCCCGGAGACCCCCAAGCCCGAGGCGGGUCCUCGGGAUGCCAGUGCUGGCCCCGGCGGCUGGUGGGACCAGCUAAGCCAGGCCUCCAGGAUUUACGCUGCUCCCAGCAAGGAGAAGUUCGCCCUGGGCUGGUGGACGAAGCUGCGGGCGGCUGCGGGGGAUCCCGGCCCCGGUCAAUCUGCGCGACCCCAUGGAUGCGUGAAGGAGGCCAGAGGGACGGAGCUGCAGCUCCUGCAGAGCAAAGGUGGUGCUGAACUUCCCACCGCAAAACCCAGAGGCAGCGCUGACGCCUCCGGGACCUCUUCUCCUGAAGAUCUCACCCUGUCUGCUGGAGCUGGAGCACCCGCUGAGCCGGAUGGUCGUACCGCUGGGGAGAAACUCAAGGCUGCUUCCCCAGAGCCGCGUGGGAACGGGAACGGGGCCGCCACCGAUCCGGAGCGCGAUGGUCCUGCUGGUGCCGACAAAGGCAGCUGGCUGGGCCGGCUCUUCGGAGCCACCAGUCCCUCUGCCAGGAGCUUCCAGCCCAGUCCUGACACCGGCUCAACCAGGUCCAGGAGACCCUCCAGCUGGUUGUCCCCCGGCGCGCGUGUCCUGGCCGGGGCGGUGAAGGGGCUGGCGGCCGAGAAGACUCGUGAUGGAGAACGGGCAGAGAGGAACGCGGCCCACGCGCCACAGCCCCACAGGGCGGUCCGGGCACUGUGUGACCACACGGGCAGUGCCGACGGGCACCUGAGCUUCCAAAAAGGGGAUGUCCUGCAGCUGCUCUCCACCGUGGACGAAGACUGGAUCCGCUGCUGCCGCGGGAGCAGCACCGGCCUCGUCCCCGUGGGCUACACAUCCCUCAUCCUGUGAGGAAGAGGAGGCCUGAGGAAGCAGCGGAGCUCGUCCACGCAGGUGCCACCUCUGGGAGGGACCAUCUGCCACACUGUCACCGCCGUCGAGGCGUCACCGCCAUCAGGACACUCGUCACUGCUGCUAAUUCACGUGACGUUACCGUCUUGCCGUGGGCACGUCCCGUGUCCCCACAGACCCGCUGGCACUUCACCGCUGCCGGGGAGGGAAGGGCCGUGUCCCCGUGUCGUCCCCGCGCCGUCGCGUCCCGCCACCGCCGCGUGUCCCCGGCCACCGCGGUCCCAGCACUCUGUAAAUCAUUGUAACCACAGAACAAGCUCGUUCUGGGGGGAAAAAGCUGGAAAUAAAGGUUGUGACUCA